UUAUUCUGUCAGAUCUCUUGAAAACAGACAAUUAUCCAGUUUUGCAUAUACGUUCUGACCCUGGAUUAUAAGUACAGGAGGAGCUGUCUGUGUGCAUUAAUAGGUGUUUAUGUGGAUGCUGCCUGUCCUGUGCAUUGUGCAUGAGUGUAUACAGUAGGUGCAGAGCAGUGAGAGAUAUUACAGAGUACAAUGCUCAGACCCGGUCCCCUCCUCAGCAUUAUCCAGCAAUAGUUCAGCUCUUGUUAUCCCUCCCCUUGGCUGGUGAGCAGAAGCCAGGUCCCAGAGAGUAACUGGGCUGUAUGGAGGAGUGACAGAGGAGGGCUGGGCUCUUCUCCUCUCUCAGUGCAGGGCUGAGCUGGGUGGCUGCUGAAUUAUACACAGUGCAGGGAGAAAGUGCCUUCAUCCCCUCCAUCCUCAGGAGCACAGCAAACUCAGCCAGCCUCAUCAUUUGUGGAAGAACUUCUACCAGGGAACCUCUCAGCUGCUUCCUGUGGAUGCUCUGCAGUUCUGUGUAACACCCACAGCCUCCUCCUAAUCAUCAGCUGGAGGAAAGAAGAAGAGAGCGGCUGCACAGCUGAGUCCAGCACAAGUUUGUGGACCACUUUGGAGAAACUCAGUGGUUUUGCUCAAGGAAAGGAUUUUACCCAGCUCUGGUCUGCCAUGGUCACAAGGAAAAAAUCCCACUGACCUGAAGCUCCUGGAGGAUAGGAUAUGUGGUGCCCUGCUAGGCAUAUUUUGGAAUCUAAGGGGUGAUAAAGUGAUGUGUGUCUGUGGACAGCUUGCAGCAUGAGAGGAUCCUGUCACUAGUGUCUUCUAGGGGAGACUAAACUUUCCAGGCGCACUGGGAGCCUCCUCCAUUCGUAUUGCUCCUGGAAUUGGGCAUCCCUGUAUCAUUUGGGUCUCUUAAUAUGUAAAUAUGGAUCUCCUGGUUCCAGUCCUGCUCUGUGGAUUGUUAUGUCUGGUUCUGGGAUCUCGGCUGCGGCAGGAAGAUUUUCCUCCUCGGAUAGUAGAACAUCCUUCAGAUGUGAUUGUUUCAAAAGGAGAGCCAACCACAUUGAACUGUAAAGCAGAAGGCAGACCCGUGCCCACUAUAGAAUGGUACAAAGACCUGGAGAGGGUGGAGACUGAUAAAGAUGACCCGCGUUCCCACCGUAUGCUGCUCCCCAGUGGAUCUUUAUUUUUCUUGCGCAUUGUUCAUGGGCGUCGGAGUAAGCCGGAUGAGGGAAGUUAUGUCUGUGUUGCACGGAAUUAUCUCGGUGAAGCCAUGAGUCGGAACGCCUCACUGGAAGUUGCCUUGCUUCGAGAUGACUUCCGCCUCAACCCAACAGACGUGGUGGUGGCCGCCGGGGAACCUGCCAUAUUGGAGUGCCAGCCACCGAGAGGACACCCGGAACCAACUAUUUACUGGAAGAAAGACAAAGUUAGAAUAGAUGACAGAGAGGACAGAAUUAGCAUCCGCAGUGGGAAGCUGAUGAUAUCCAACACAAGGAAAAGUGAUGCUGGGAUGUACACAUGUGUUGGAACCAAUAUGGUCGGGGAGCGAGACAGUGACCCAGCUGAGCUGACCGUCUUUGAACGACCCACUUUUCUCCGAAGACCAAUUAACCAGGUAGUUCUGGAGGAUGAGCCUGUGGAAUUUCGGUGUCAAGUCCAAGGGGAUCCACAACCAACAGUCCGGUGGAAAAAAGACGAUGCUGACUUGCCAAGAGGAAGAUACGACAUCAAGGAUGAUUACACCUUGAGGAUUAAGAAGGCGGCCAGUUCUGAUGAAGGGACGUAUGCCUGCAUUUCUGAAAACCGGGUUGGUAAAGUGGAAGCUGCAGCGACACUGACAGUAAGAGUUCGCCCUGUGGCGCCUCCUCAGUUUGUUGUCAGACCGCGGGAUCAGAUCGUAGCUCAGGGUCGGACUGUGACGUUCCCCUGUGAAACGAAGGGUAACCCUCAGCCCGCUGUCUUCUGGCAGAAGGAAGGGAGUCAGAAUCUGCUUUUCCCAAAUCAGCCGCAACAACCAAGCAGUAGAUAUUCAGUGUCUCCAACUGGAGACUUAACCAUUGCCAACAUUCAGCGUUCAGAUGCCGGCUACUACAUUUGCCAGGCUCUGACGGUAGCUGGGAGCAUAUUGGCAAAGGCCCAGCUGGAAGUGACUGACGUGUUAACAGACAGACCACCGCCGAUAAUUCUGCAAGGACCUGCCAACCAGACUCUGGCGGUGGAUGGCACUGCGCUGCUGAAAUGUAAGGCCACGGGUGACCCCAUGCCUGUCAUCAGCUGGUUAAAAGAAGGAUUUAAUUUCAUGGGAAGAGAUACAAGAUUGUCCAUUCUGGAUAAAGGGUCGUUACAGAUCAAAUCUCUAAAGACUACAGAUUCUGGAACGUACAGCUGCGUGGCUACUAGUUCCAGCGGUGAGACAACGUGGAGCGCUGUACUGGAAGUAACAGAAUCCGGUGGAGCGCCUGUCAGUAAGAGCUAUGAUCAGAACGAUUUGCCUGGGUCACCACUGAAACCUCAGGUUACGGAUGUCAGUAAGAACAGCGUCACUUUGUCAUGGCAGCCCGGCACGCCUGGAGGCCUACCUGUGACUUCCUAUAUCAUUGAAGCCUUCAGCCAAUCUGUCAGCAAUAGUUGGCAGACGGUAGCAAAUCAUGUGAAGACCACGCUGUUUACCGUGAAAGGGCUUCGACCAAACACAAUAUAUCUUUUCAUGGUGAGAGCUAUCAAUGCUGAAGGUCUCAGCGAUCCAAGCCCGGUGUCAGAUCCAGUGAGAACACAAGACAUAAGCCCAACUGUGCAAGGAGUAGAUCAUCGGCAAGUGCAGAAGGAGUUGGGAGAUGUGAUUGUUCGGCUGCAUAAUCCUCUGGUCCUCUCACCCACCACUAUUCAGGUUUCCUGGACGGUUGAUCGUCAGUCCCAGUUUAUACAGGGAUACAGGGUGAUGUACCGUCAGAUGUCAGGCCUCCAGUCUCCAUCCGCAUGGCAGAAUUUUGAGGUCAAGGUUCCAGCUGAACGGAGUACCGUGAUAGCCAACUUAAAGAAGGGAAUUACUUAUGAGAUUAAGGUUCGACCUUAUUUCAAUGAAUUUCAAGGGAUGGAUAGCGACUCAAAGUCAGCCCGGACAACCGAGGAAGCCCCAAGUGCUCCGCCGCAGUCUGUUACAGUUCUGACAGUCGGGAGCAACAAUAGCACGAGUAUCAGCGUCUCCUGGGACCCGCCACCGUCAGAUCACCAGAACGGAAUUAUUCAGGACUAUAGGAUCUGGUGUCUAGGCAAUGAGACACGGUUCCACAUCAACAAGACCGUGGAUGCUGCGAUACGCUCGGUGGUGAUUGGUGGGCUGUUUCCUGGAAUUCAGUACCGCGUGGAAGUCGCUGCGAGCACAAGUGCUGGCGUUGGUGUGAAAAGUGACUCGCAGCAAAUACUGAUAGGAAAUCGAAACGAAGUUGUAAUCACUGAGAACAACAACAGCAUCACGGAGCAGAUCACAGACGUCGUAAAGCAGCCCGCCUUCAUAGCCGGUAUUGGUGGCGCCUGCUGGGUGAUCCUCAUGGGAUUCAGCAUAUGGCUCUACUGGCGCAGAAAGAAGAGAAAGGGACUCAGCAAUUAUGCUGUUCAGUCUUUCACCUUUACCCCAGCAGAUUCCCCAGAUACAACCAUGCACCACAAAGUUGCACUUCGCACAAAGAAGGAGAACUGGCACAAUACAGUUACAUUUCAAAGAGGAGACGGAGGACUAAUGAGUAACGGGAGUCGCCCAGGACUUUUAAAUGCUAGUGACCCCAAUUAUCCUUGGCUUGCUGACUCCUGGCCUGCUUCCAGUAUGCCGGUAAACAACAGCAACAACGGGCCAAACGAUCUUGUUAAUUUUGGCUGUGGAGACGUGCUAUCAUCAGCUCCUGGACAGGGAGACAAAACAGCCACCAUGUUAUCUGACGGUGCAAUUUAUAGCAGCAUCGAUUUUACCACAAAGUCCAGCUAUAACUGCCCGGGGCAAAUAGCACAGACUACACCCUAUGCUACCACCCAAAUCUUGCAUUCCAAGAGCAUUCAUGAGCUGGCUGUAGACUUGCCUGACUCCCAGUGGAAAACUUCGGUCCAGCAGAAGUCUGACCUGACCGGAUUAGGUUAUUGCCUCACUGACCAGGGCAAAGGAAACAAUGCCUUGCUUUACAUUCCCGACUACCGUGCUGAGGGAUUGUCAAAUAGAAUGCCACACAACCAGUCACAGGAUUUCAGCACCACCAGCUCACAUAACAGCUCAGAGAGAAGUGGCAGCCUUUCAGGUGGCAAAGGAGGGAAGAAAAAGAAGACCAAAAACAGCAAUAAGUCUCAGAAAAAUAAUGGAUCCAACUGGGCAAAUGUUCCGCUGCCUCCACCACCUAUCCAGCCUCUUCCAGGCACAGAAAUGGAGCAUUAUGGGUUGGACCAUCAGGAAGUGGGGUAUGACAGCGAUGGAUGGUGUCCACCCCUGCCUGUGCAGACAUACUUACACCAAGGCUCGGAUGACGAGCUGGAGGAAGAUGAUGAUCGAGUGCCCACACCACCAGUACGUGGGGUGGCGUCUUCUCCUGCUAUCUCUUUUGGACAACAGUCUACAGCAACACUGACCCCAUCCCCAAGGGAGGAGAUGCAACCCAUGCUCCAGGCUCACCUGGACGAGCUGACGAGGGCAUACCAAUUUGACAUUGCAAAACAAGCCUGGCAUUUACAGAGCAAUAACCAAGCGCCAUUAGCUCCGGUACCUCCGAUGGGAUACGUGUCAGGAGCAUUUAUAUCAGACCUGGAAAAAGAUCUACAAGAUACCGGAGAAGAAGAUAAUGAAGAUGAAAUGACCAGGCCACUCCGAGGCUUAGAACAUACGCCAGGUUCUAGCAUGGAUAAUCUGGACAGCUCUGUGACAGGUUCUAUGGUAAAUGGAUGGGGGUCUGCGUCUGAUGAGGAUCGUAUCUAUUCUAGUCGUAGAUCUAGUGUAGUUAGCUCUUCUGAUGACUCGAUAUUUAUGAACGGCAACUUUGCUCAUUCACUGGUUGCAGCAGCUGAUAAAGCUGGUUUCACACUCAAUGGAACCAGCCUGUCCAGAGCAGGCAAAAUGCAGUCUUUUUGUCAGAAGCCGCGACCUUCCAGUCCAUUCUCCACUGAGAGCAACACUUCAGCCAUCAAUCACAGUCAAAGACCACGGCCCACUAAAAAACACAAGGGAGGCCGGAUGGACCCGCCUCCUGUACUUCGUAGAGAAGUCAUUGCAGAAGAUCUGCCGCCACCUCCUGAACCACCGCCGUGUCAAAGUUUGAGACAGCAAAUGCCCAAUCAACGCAAUGGUCCUUCAGAAAGAAAAGCGAGUUCUCUCGAAAGACAUACAUCAAACAUGGAUGAUGCAAAGACCUCAUUGGAACGUCAUGGUAGAACAUCCUUAGAGCGGCAGCGACAAACGCAGGAGUGGCUUGGUUCCGCAGAACGCCAACACAAGCAGGCUUUUGGAUCAGAUGAAAUAAUGAUGCCGUACAGCAAGCCUUGUUUUCCAUCUCCAGGAGGUCACAGCUCUACAGGAACCAAUUCUUCAAAGGAGUCCACCGGACCAAGGAAAGGUGACAUCAUGAGAGGUCACCAGCGCAAUGCCAUUGAUUUUCUUGACGUAGGAUAUUUGGGGCAAAACAUUCAAGGACAGUUUACAGGUGAAUUAUAGUACUGAAAAGCUAUGUCACAGGCUGCUCUACAGACCAGUUGGUCUGGACUGAUGAAAGUCACGAGGAAACUCAAAACAGUGCAAUGGACAUGAUCAUUAUUUAUGUAGGAUUGGAAGGACUGUAAAUGCAAUGUAAAGACACAAACGCCACACAUUUCCCACAGACGAUUUAAUUUACGUUUUCCUUCUUAUAUACACACCAUCCACCUUAAAUAUUUCUUGCCAGGAGUACACAAAAGAGGAACCGCAUCAAGGACGACAAGCAUUUUGGCUUUGUACAUAUUUUUCUUUGAUUGCAUUCCUAUGCAAGCUUGCCCUCUUUUGUUCAUAUUCUCCUUAUUAUUACUGUCUGCCCUUAUUGUUCUAUUGUACUAUACUGUAUGUGAAUUAAUAGGCUGUGUUGCCAUAUAAAAACAAAAAGAAACAAAACAAAAAAAAUGAAACAAAAACUUUUUGUUUAACCGUGUAACAUCCAUGUUUUAAAAUUUUGCACUGCAAUUUUUAUUUGACGAUAAGCACAAAAACCUUACUCCUUGUGGCAUGGAGGGAAAGAGACUGAAUGUGAAGCGCGUUUCUGUACUAUAAAGCGGCAUUGCAUAUUGCUACAGGUAUUGUAUCUGUGCAGGAUCACAUGAGCGGUAUUACCCGGUUUACAGAGAGGAGGGGGGGAAAAAAAGAUUCUGGCAAAUAGAUUGGAACAACAAGGAUCUAUAAUAAGCAAUAUGUUUGUUUUUUCUUGCUUUGAAUAUGGUGAAAAAUCAAUGUCAUUGUUAUAUGAGAGUAUGAAUACAUGUAUUCACUUGUGGACGUGCAUGUAUGUACAAUAUAUAUUUAUAUAUGUGCAUAUAUUUUUUAAUAUGCACUUAUAUAAGUUACGCACAUUUGUGUGUAUAUACUAUAUAUAAUAUAUAGUAUAUAUUAUAUACUGACUAACAUCCAAUCUGGGGAUUGUUGACUUUGGUGGAACAAUUUUUGUGGCUCUUGCCUCUCUUGUAUGUUGUGCGGAAAAAGAAUCAGGAUAAACGAAUAUACAGGAGAAGAGGGAGCUGUCUUUGGCACACCAUGAUUUGUGGGCUCAUUCUCAGCACUGACUAUGACUCGGGAAAGCUGUGUCUUUGGCAUUCAGCUUUCAUCGUGGAUCUGUACGAGUCAGGAGAGAAAUGACCACACAUUGGCAUUUUUUGCCCUGGGUUCUCCAAAGUACCUAGGCAAAGGGUGUUUCUAUGCUUGAUAGGGAAAUCCAAAUUGAUGCUCAGUGAAUGAGGAUGAAGAUGAUCUUCCAUUGCAUUUUCUCUGCGUCCCAUUCCUAAAAGCUAGUAAGUAGUAAACAACGCUUGUGACGAGAACACUCAAUUUUAUUUCUUUGUAUUUGGUGCCAAAACACUGGUGUAGUGUGUACAAUAGCCAAGACCUCACUAAGGUCAACAUUGCCCUGAUAUUGGACAUUGGUCUCAACAUAAAUAUACAUAUUUACACGCAUCAUUGUUUUAUAUACAGGAUCUGAUACUCUAGACGUAUCCAAAAGAAUUCAAUAUUUUUAUCUGCUCACAAGAAGACACUAAAAAGGUACAAUAAGAAUAGCUCAUAUUCCUCCAAUAAUCAUAUCUAUUUUAGCAGAAAAAUCCUGCCGUCUGAUCAGUGUGCAAUACACAUGACACUUCUUAUGACCAGUAUAUAUGACCCACCCAUCUCUUGGCUGGAUCUGCCAAUGUGGAUACCACGUGUGGUAGAAUUGAGAAAUUAACUUUUAUGUGCAAGGGCUCAUAGAGGUGUGGGGGCAGUUACAGACCAGGUUUGUCUGGAAGGGGAGGCCCGAGCCAGUAAGGGAGGCGGAGCAUGCCAUUCCUCAGUGCCUCAUUCUGAUCAGGGUGUGACCACAUGCAGCAAUUGCUAUGUAUGUGAAAAAAAGGAUUCAUAAUGAACUUGCUCAAAAGCAGUAAAUACAUACAAGUUCCCUAAGAAAAUUUUACUUACCAAAUUGCAAAAAGCACAGUAACUGUAGAAGGCAUAAAAGAGAAACACUUGGCAGAUUGUGCUGUUGUAACAAAAUGUGUGGGAAAUGUACAUUCAUUUAAGUCUCAGACAUCACAUAUUAAUUAUAAUUAAAAAACAAUUUUCGAUAUGUGUGAAAUGAAAUUAAUUUAAACACUGCAGUUUAUGUCAUUCUAGAAGCUUGGGCACAAUGAUUAUUAUUGGUGCAUAAAAUGGUUUGUGAUAUAUUUUCUUUUAUUUUUGAAAAGGCGCAAAAAGAGUUACCAUGGGAACUAGCGCCAUUAUCUCAUGCACAGGUUUUACCAACUAUACCCCAGAGGUGGGAUUAUUUUAGGUGGUUUAUUCUAAUACCCAUUCUCCUUAUUUUACAGUUUUAUAUUGUCAUGCACGUCCCCCACCCACUCCACUUCACAAAGCCAUAAUUUGAGACAUGCCUCAGCAGGGAUACAGGGCCAUGAAUACACAGUCCGCUGCAAUUAAAGCCACCUGAUUGUCCAGGAGGCUGACCUACUUCCCAGAGUCUGUGAGAACCUGAAAUUCAGGCAAAAUGAGAUAGUCUGCUUUGUCUCACCUAACGUUGUAGCCUGUAACAUGGCUUUACAUCCAUCUACUUUAAGAGGUUUUGUUCAAAAGAGUAACUGCAAUUCAUUUUUACACAACAAAUUGUAAGAACAGCUUUCCUGUAAAAUAGGAUGCAUUUGUGCUCAGAAACGCUUAUUUACCUGCAACAUUUCUAUCAUAAACAAAAGAUUAUACAUUUAAGCUCAACAAUGUCAAAUAAAGUUUAACUACAUUUGGUUACUUUUUCUAGCAUUUAAGAAAAAUAUUGCCCUAACUUGCUAGGGGACUCUAAAACUAAGGACGGUACUAAUCAAAGCUUGGAGAGAGAAAAAGAUAAAGCAGAGACAGAUAAAGUACCAGCCAAUCAGCUUCUAGAUGUAAUUCUAGAUGGACUAUGUUUACAAAAAUGACAGUUAGGAACUGAUUGGUUGGUACUUUAUCUCUCUCCACUUUAUCUUUCUCCAAGCUUUGAUAAACAUCCCAAUAAUAAUGCAGUGAACAACAUAAACUUGUUGUAAAUAUACCAUUUCCAUCAUUAAAUUGGCUUUCGGGAGGUCAGUUGAAACUUAUUUUUUAUCACUUUAGCUAUUGUGAUUUUUAACACCUAUUGCUGAGGUUUACCUGCAGAUAAUACAAGGUUUCAAUCAAUUCUUGUUGCUGGAGAAGUUACAAGAUGCACAUGAAAUAUUACGAUGUGUUAAAUUCUGCCCUUUAGAUUCUUACUUAAUUUGUAAAAGAAUAUGUACUUGGUCUAAGAAAUGUAAUUAUUACAAUGAGCUUACUUUAGCCCUACUGAAAUAUUUAUAACAAAAGGUGCCUAAAAUACAUUUUCUGAUUUUACAAGUGUCUAAUGAAAUGCUAGCCCACAGAAUAUUAAUGGUUUUUGUUUGUUUGUUUUUUUAUAAUUUUCAUUUUUGAAUGAAGAAUGUUGUUUUUUACAUUCUCUAUAGGAAAUAUUGAGCUGACAACCACUGGAACCACUAUGUCAAUUCUUCCACUGUGUGUUUUACCUUUUCCGUUGGAAAGUGAUUGUAUCAGUAUUAAAAAUGUGCGUUUUCAUGAUA